AUGAAAGGCGGCUUCGGUUCUCAACAAACGCUUCGGGAGUGCCGUGGCACAGCCUGCAGCCGAUUUCUUGCCGCCCUCAUCUUCGAUCUGUGGGUCGCUGUCCUGUUAUCGGGGCAAAUGAAAGAAGCCGUUGCCUCGGCUAAUGCCGGGGCUCGCGUAGGCAUUCUGCUCCCGCGGAGUCGCCGCCCUGGGGAUGCCCGAUCUGCGUCCUCGACGGCUCCCCCCCCGCCAGCGCUCCGCCGCGAGCCGUCUGCGCAGCCGUGGCUCUGCGAGGGCGCCACGCACUUUGUUCACCAUUUCUGCGGCCCCUGCGUGGCGGAUGCGCAGUGCGCACCUGGCGCAUUCUGCUGCCCGUACCUGAAGGUCUGCAUGACAGCCGAGACAGAUGCCUGCCCCAAGCCCUUUGCGCGCUGCGAACCGCCGCUGGUCGCCGCCACCGCCCAAGACGUCGACGUGGACGCCUGGCGCGCGCAGUGCAUUUUCGCGGAACUGGAAAACUGGGUACAGUGCCCGCCUCCCGGUUGGGUCUACGGAGAUCCCGCGCCCACGACGUCAACCGCCACCGCGGAAACGACCGGCGACGAAACAAGCAACGUGGACGUCCCGCCUUAG